CGUUAAUCAUUGCCUAGAUAUAGCGAGUACAUUCAAGAAAGUAGAAACAUAAUAUUAUAGGUAUCGAUGCACAAAAAAGUUAUAUUUUUAUGUAUCUAAUUUACGUACAUAGACAUAUUAUUUAAAUUAAUUCCCACCUUACUAGUCUCAAUGAAUGAACGUGAAUAUCGUUGUUUGUUCUAAACAAAUAGGUGUAAAUAAAUAUAGGUAGAUAUAUCGUUCAUGUAGUUAUGAAUUAUGAUGUAAAUAUAGGUAUUAUAUUCUGAUUAUAAAGUGCUUCAUAUUAUGAGUUCUAAAGGUUCCUUCACCACCACAGCGGUAGCAACCGCCGGUGUUAUAGCCGGCGCGUACUGUGCUUACAACUUCUACAAGAAAUCUCAGAGUGCUAAGCUACCGACAGAAUGGCAACAAGUGGGCUAUUUGAAAGACCUUUACGCGUAUCCCAUCAAGUCUUGUGGCCCGAUGGUACUAACUCAAGCCGAGGUUUCUAUAUUGGGAUUGAAGAAUGGUUGGAUGAGAGACCGAAUCUUAAUGGUGGUUGAUGAUAAAAACAACUUUAUCACGGCUAGAGCCUACCCGGAAUUGCUGCGAGUGCAUCCUGAGAUACAAAAAUCUCCCUACUACCCCAACUCCAUCCUCACCCUCAAGCAUGCGAACAUGGAACGGAUCAGUGUGGACUUAGCUGAGGUAAAACGGUCACAAUCUCCUCAAACUGCUGUAGUAUGGGGCGUCCCAGUUCCGGUAUACGACUGCGGAUGGGAGGCGAGCAAAUGGUUUUCCAGGUUGCUCGAUCGGUCUUCCUUGAACUUCAGGCUGGUGUACUACGCUUCUCAGGAGAGUCGAACUCUUCGAGCCAACACAAACCAAUUAUAUAAGUUCACGAAGAAUGAUACGGGCGCUCUCCCAGACGAGGUUCUCAACCUGAUAAACGAGGCCUCAGUGCAAGACCUCGCCGCCAGAGUGAGCGACUGCAAGGUGACCGCCCGCAACUUCCGCCCUAACUUCGUGUUGACCGGCGCGGCCAAGGCCUACGACGAAGACAACUGGAAGUUCGUCAAAAUUGGAGAACACGUGUUCGAAGUUAUCAAACCGUGCUUCCGAUGUAUCUUGACUACAAUAGACCCUGAAACUGGGGUUCGAAACGAAAAGGCAGAGCCGUUGGAAACUUUAAAAACCUACCGUCAGAUAGACGACCCCGCAGCGCGUCGCUCGGCGGGCAGCUCGCCGCGGAUGGGCCUGCAGAUGGCGCUGCGAACACCGCCCGGUGGCAUCGUAUCGAUCCACGAUCGCAUUUACGUGGCUUAGAAAUAUUAAUGGCGGUUUUUUUAGUUUUUUUUUGAAUAUAUCAACCACAGAUGGGUAAUCCGGGGUAGUAGGUACGGUACAGUAGCCGGCAAAAAAUAUUAAGAAUAUUAGCCAUGUUAAAUGACUAAUAUUCCCCUUUCCUCUCCAACUAAGCGUUAGGCUUGUGCUAGGAGUAGGCACGACAAUAGUGCAACGGGCGGGGUUUGAACCGUCGACCUUUCGGUUUUCAGUCCACUCCUUUACCGGUUGAGCUAUUGAGGCUAUAAUUCGCACGAGCGUUAAAAAAGCGUUGCGUUAAAACCCGGCGUUGCGUUGAUAAUACAAAGUGAGUAAAAAGAGCUCUCGUGUAAAUGAGUUAGAAAGUGAUUUCGGCUUCGUAGAGCGUUGUUUCUGUCACUCAUGCCUAUGUUACGUUUUGUCGGUCUUAACGACAGAGACAACACUACAGAUGGCUAUCUCUUCCUGCCGGGUACUGCAAUUGAUGUAUUUUUAAGCCGUGGGCGCAACGGGAGCAGUGCGGUAAUACGCAUACCUGUGUAUGGGUGCCGCCGUUGGCCUGAACGGCAUAUAUAAAUAAAUGCAUAUUGUAUCAUCGUACAACGCCCGCGCCGCCUCCCGCUGUCUUUAUAUUAUGGGACUAUCAAUCUGCGAUUGAUAUUUAAAAAAAAACAUUUAAACUAACUAAAAAUUAAUCCAUGAUUCAUGAAAAAUAUAUUAUCACACUAAUAUUAUAAAGGCGAAAGUUUGUAUGUGUGUGUGUGUGUGUGUGUGUGUGUGUAUGUUUGUUACUCCUUCACG